UCUAGAAUGGGUUUGACAUCCGAUAGACAAGUCAUUAUCGGAAAUAAAUAGAUAUGGGACAAAAACAGCACUACACAUGUGGCUCAAAUUGAAUAAUAAGAACUUUUUUCUCCUUAUACACACAAUUUUUCACGUAAAAUCGAUCUUAUACUUAUUAUUUGUUUCAAUGGAAGACUCAGUUUUAGUUUAUAUUUAUAUGUAUAAUAUAUAGCAUAGUAUUUCUUUACUAAUUUAAAUAGAAGAUGUACACAUAGAAGCCAAUAAACCUUAGAAUCUAUAUUCUUAUAAGAUAGGAAACCAGUAUCUUAUAUUCAGUUUUUUUUUUAAUUAAGACCCUUGACCGUGCUUCUCGUAUUUACCUAACAGUAUAUCGAGUUCAUUAUCUUCUAUCUUACUUAAUUUACGUAAAAAAUUACCUAACAGCCAAAAAACCUCUUUAGAAAAUACUUAACUUGAACAGAAUAUGGAUUUCAAUGGCCUCUAAGUGCAUACUUUUUUUUGGCUUAAGAUUUACAGCCUAAACAUAUUAAUUAAUUGCAUUUUAUUUUUUUGAUGUCUUAGCAACAUACACUAAACUUGUUUUCUCUUAAAUUUAUAUAUUCUAGAAUACUAAGAAAAUACAAAUUUUUUUUCUUUACAUAAAUCACGAUUGGUUUAAAAAAUGAUACCUUAAAUUACACAUUCUUCGCGCAAUGAAUGUUCGUGGAUUUUUUCUCAAUUUUUACCCUAUGCGCAUAUUGUUUUAUAUUGUGUACGCAGCACAAUAUAUCGACAUGCGCCCUUUACAAAUGCUACGUCCGGAGGAAUAUUCUAGUAAAAUAGGCAUGUUAUUCAAUUAUUUAAACAUAGACAUAAUUGACCUUUAUAAUUGGCGGAAAUUUUAUAGGUGUUGUGAUAGCGUGACAAAAUCCUUAUUGGUCCUUUUUUAGGUUAAAGUACUCCUUAGAACGUAAGAUUUGUGUCAGUGUUUUUCUCUUGAAUGUGUGUUUUUUAUUUCAGCAAGCGAGACAUCAUCGAUACAGCGAAUAUAAGGACACAGUAUCCAGACUUUGAAUCAAAAACGCGAAAUAAAAUGAUGUGGAAGUGAUCUUUUAUCAACAUGAAAAUAGACAGAUCGCGGGUGCGUAAGAGCACCUCCGAGGUGCCAGCUGAGUGCCAGCAGCUUAUUGAAAGACUUCAACAAUGUUCAAGAACUGAACUUCUCGAGGAACUAUCGAAAAUUAAUUCGUGGACUUUUGGAAAAUGUGAGCUGCUCCAUUGGGCGCAAGUGUUGGAUAUAUUCGAUGCUAUUCUGGGUGAGGCUGCUGAGAAGAAUGAAGACAAUAAAUGGGCUCUGAAAUGUGAUAGUUUUAUUGAAAAGGACAAAGAAGUAUUAAUAUGUAUUCUGAGGUUUACAAGUUUACUAAUAGAGCACUCAUUUUCCCGGCACUUGUACAACUCUAUGGAACAUCUGUUAGUUUUGUUAACUUCCAAUGAUAUGAACGUUGUUCUAGAAGUACUAAAUUUGUUGUACAUGUUUUCUAAACGUAGCAAUUUUAUCACGCGACUUAAGACUGAAGAAAAAGAAUGCCUUUUAUCUCGUUUACAAUACUUGGCAGAGAAUUGGGGUGGAAAAGAAAAUGGUUUUGGUCUAGCAGAUUGUUGUGACCAAUUUAAGAGCAUCCCAAGUUCCGCAACAACUUUACAUGUAGAAUUUCACAGGGAGGAUUCCAAGGCUCAUAAAAAAGAUUCAGCAGAAAGCAACUCAAAAGGAACUAAACAGAACCUUCAUAUUAUCCAUAUAGAGCACAUUGACAAAUUAGCAUCUAAAACCCCUGCAGAGAUCAUGAAAUCACUCAUUAGUCUAUAUUAUGUCCCACCUGAAAAAGAGAUGUGGCUUUUCACUCAUGUCAGAUUAGCAACUCAUUUUGCUGAUUAUGAUAAAAGACUUAAGUGUGUCCAGGCAAGAUUACAAGCUCUCUCAGUCUUGGUGUACUCCAAUGCUAUUCAAGAUUUACCAUCAAAUUUGUUGUAUAAUGGAAUCCUAGAGGAGUUGGUUGAAGUUGUUGAGCUUCAGGAUUCACAGUUGACUGAUAUUAGAUGCGCUGCUUUAAGGACCUUAACAGCAAUCAUCCAUUUGGACAGAAAUACUCAAUUUCCAAAUAGAAGAUCUGGAUCAAGGUUAAACAAUAUAAUAGAUGUAACUGGAGCUAGUCAGUACCAUGGUUUUCUACCAGUUUUAGUCAGGAACUGUAUUUCAUCACUAACUAGUCAAAAAGAAAAUGAAGAUAAUAUCCUAGAGAAAACAAAGCCCGAAGAUGACAUUCUAAAACCAGCGGAUUCAGAAGAAAGUGAGAUUACCAAUGGUCCAGAUGUUCAUUCCAGUGAAGAAGAAAAUCCUAAUGAAGGUGGCCCAGCUGUUCUGUCCAAUGAAGAAGAAAAACCUAAUGAAAAUCUAGAAACCCAGAGUAAACAAGAAACUAAUGAGGAAAAAAGGUCAGAAGAAUCAAAUGAAAAGGAUGAACCCAUCAAGGAACAAGAACCUGCUGAAGAAUCACAACCGCAAACCGAUUUGGAGGAGGCUGAAAAUGCUUUGAAAGCCAUGACAGUCUCUGAUCCAGCUAAAUUUCCAGUCAGCCUAACAACAGCUUUGUUUUCUUUUUUAUAUCAUCUUGCUAGUUAUGAUGAAGGUGGCGAAGCCCUGGUAUCAUGUGGUAUGAUGGAAUCUCUACUUCAAGUCAUUAAUUGGCAAGGAUCUGAACUUGAUCAUAUAACAUUUGUGACAAGAGCUGUAAGAGUUAUAGAUCUAAUAACGAAUAUCGAUAUGCAAGCCUUCCAAAAUCACGCAGGUUUGCAUAGUUUUAUUAAUCGUUUGGAUGUGGAAGUGAAUUUCUGUAAGAAAGAUCAACUUUAUGAAGUAAAAUUUAACAGUUUUGAAGAUGCUUCUGCCCAAAACUCUAAUGAAGAAUCAAAUUCUCUUGAUCUUGAAUAUAUCGCAUCAAAUUCGGGAAAAAGUUGCCUGCCACAACGCGCGGCUUUAUUAAAAUCAAUGUUAAACUUCUUAAAGAAGGCUUUUCAGAAUUCAGCAUUUUCAGAAAGCAUCCGUCAUCUAAUGGAAGGUCCUCUACCUACAGCAUUAAAAAAUAUUAUAGCUAAUGCAGAAUAUUAUGGUCCUUCAUUAUUUUUAUUGGCUACAGAUGUAGUUACAGUUUACGUGUAUCAAGAACCAGCCUUGCUUUCAGCUUUGCAAGAUAAUGGACUUACCAGCGUUGUUCUUCACUCCUUGUUAGUUAAAGAGGUCCCUGCAACUCGCGAAGUCCUUGGUUCUCUGCCAAACGUAUUUAGUGCGCUAUGUCUCAAUGCUCGCGGUUUGGAAUCUUUUGCAAAACACAAACCCUUUAACAAACUGUUCCACAUACUAUUAUCACCGACAUAUUUAACAGCCAUGCGCAGGAGAAGAAGUUCCGAACCGACCGCUGACACGGCCUGCAACCUAGGAAGCGCUAUGGACGAGCUAAUGAGACACCAACCUAGUUUACGUCAAGACGCCACUCUAGCCAUCAUAUGCAUAUUGGAAGAGUUAGUUUUCUUGGGAUCCGAUCCAAACUACGUUUGCUGGAGACCUCACGGUCGUACCGAACCUGUUGGUACCACUGCUGGUAGAGCACCAGCCACUGAAGGUUCUUCAGAUGAAGAAGAGGAAGAUGAAGAUGAAACUUCGACCAGCUCUCAGAACGCCAACGCGCAGUCGCAGAAUGACAGCACCAGCGGUGGUAACCAACAAAAUAGUUCAGGAAAUGAAAGACAGCCCAUUGCUCUAGUUGAUUAUGUUCUUAACGCCAUGAAAUUCAUCGACGCUAUCUUGAGCAACAAUUCCACUGACGAUCACUGUCGGGAAUUUGUUGAGAAAGGUGGUUUAAGACCACUCCUGCGUCUUUUAGGCCUGCCAAACCUUCCAGCUGAUUGCCCAGCUACAAAUCCAGCUCAAGCUGUCGCUACAGUUUGUAAAAGCAUUCUAAACCUAGCUCAAGAGCCAUUUUUAUUUCAAGAAGGGCUUCGUCAACUUAAUGGAGUCUUGGAUAGAUUAAAACCUCUCUGCGCUCCAAUGGAGGAGAGCAAAACUUCAAUGGGAGGCUCCAGACUGCUCAUGGAACUUGCCAGCACUUCUGACGCAUCAGCUGCGUUCAGUUCUGCGCAGGCGACGCCUUUGCUCCAUGCCAUGGGAGCUGCGCAUGGUUAUGUACUUAUGUUUGUCCACGUUUGCCGGACUGGUCAGACUGAAAUACGCAGUUUGUCGCUGCAGCAUUGGGGCUCAGAUGAAGGAGCUAAAGUUCUCAAAGGAUUAGCAGAUUUAUAUACAGCAUUAGUGUGGGAGAGUACUCUUUUACUUGCUUAUUGCAGCGAUGAUUUGAUACCAUCUGAGUGUGAUUUUACGCGUGAAAGCAUUGAGAAAUUAAAUCAGUUCUUUGACAGGUGUGAGACAACUCAAAAUGUAGGAGCAGACACUGCAACAGCCUCUACAUCCACCUCAACCUCGACCAUAGACCCUCUCUCUGCUACCAACCCUAUUAUGGAUGUUGAUGCAGCAGAACAAACAAAGCCUGACAGUAGAAAUUUGAAGUACAUCAAGCCACUUUUAGGCGCUUCAUCUCGCUUAGGACGAGCCUUGGCUGAACUAUUUGGCCUCUUAGUUAAACUCUGUGUUGGCUCGCCUGUUCGACAGCGACGCGGUCAGAAUAUUAUAGCUGCCCUUCCUACUCCUACACCUCAAGCUAGAAAGGUCGCACGAGCUUUAAACACAUUAUUAGCCAAAGGAUUAGAUUGUGAUUCCCUCCCACCGUGCCCAACACCGAAAUGUCGCCUGACUUUCCUCAUUUGCAGCGUCGGCUUCACUAGCCCUAUGCUUUUCGACGAACGACGUUAUCCUUACUACUUAAUGCUAAAAAAAUUCGUCAACAUGGGCGGCCAAGCGAUUUUUUUCAAGACCUUCAGAUGGGCAUUACAGGGCAUUGACGAAAGUACUGGCUCUGAAAUCACCUUCCCAGAAGGUACCUUAGGGUUUCUUGAUGCCUGGCUCACACUUUUAGAAAAAAUGGUCAAUCCCAAAGCUAUUUUAGAGAGUCCUCACGUCAUUUCGACAAGGGCGAACGCUUCGUAUAAUUUCGACCCUUUAAAGUAUUUGAUACAGAUUCACAGGCUGGCGUUUGACAGUAUAGAAAGAUUGUGGAAAAAUAUACCAGUAACUUGCUAUGGAAAUCGCAUUACCGAGACGAUUUUGACGAUAUUGAGGCAUAUAUAUUGGGGAGAGAAAAUUAUAAAGGAGAAAUUGAAACAGGAAGAGUCAAAGACAGAUCAGGCAGCUUCUAGUAAUGGCGGAGCGGUGAGAGAUAAUGAUGAUAAUUUGAGGCAGUUGGUGGACAUGGGAUUUUCGCGCGAGCAUGCCAUAGAAGCGCUACUGCAUUCUAGUACUUUAGAGCAAGCCACGGAUUAUUUAUUGACUCACCCACCUCAGGCAAGGGCCUCCACCUCAACAGUAGAUCCUGAAGGAGAAGAUGAUCAGGUUCUCCAAGCUAUUGCAAUAUCUUUGGGUUGUAAUAGUAACAGUAAUUUAGACAGUCCCCACGCUACUAUGGAAGAAUUAAAAAAUUUGCUCGAUGAGUUUACAGAAAACGCUCUUAAAACGUGUUUGGAACUUCUGAAUAAAAUGCCAGAGCUUGUACACAAAACGUGCGAGCUUCUUGUAACCAUUAUGAAAAGAAACGGAAAAGUAUAUAGAGACAACCUGCUAGAUUCUUUAGUAAAAACGAUUAUUUCGAACGCGACACAUAUGGAAAGUUCGGUAGUACAGAAAGAGACUAAACAAGAUAACGGAACUGAAAAUGACUCAUCCAAACGCUUAGCGAACUACACGCAUCUAUUUAUUUUGUUUUAUGAAGUUUCAUAUUACUACGAGAUGAAGAUACCUUUUAUGACCAUUUACGGCACUCCUCUUCUUGAAUUAAUUACCAAAUUGAUCAAGCAAGCUGAAACAGCGAUGCACAGAGAUUUUGAAGCGAUGCAUAAAAAUUUUGAAGCGGCCUCUACUUUUCUUACAAGGCCUUCCUUCAGGUUACUUAGUGAUUGCUUACAAGUCCCCAAAUGGUUAGCUCAGGCUUUAUUAUUGAUAGAUACUUACGGCAAAGUAGCCAACAGGACGGAUCGCAAGAAUAAGAUGCAUAUUAGCACUAAUAGAGUUUGGCGUUGGUACGAUUUAGUCACUGGAAGAUGGUCACACUAUACCCCUGCUAAUAACAGAAUCAUUAACGAGGCUUAUUGGGCUGGCGAUCAAAGUGUCAGAGUGACUUGUGGAAGGAAAAGAUACACCGUCACGUUUCCGAAUAUGCUUCAGAUGAACGACGAAACGGGAAACAACAGACCUAUAGCUAUGACUUUGCUUACUUCGACACACCCGAGUUGUCUUAACAUUAACGAAGAUCCGCCAGAAGAUCCUAUGUUUAUUGAACUCACAGCAAAGGAAAGGGCCCGUUGUAUUCCUGUUCCUCCUUUGUCCAAAGCCCAAAAGAAGCAUAUCUUGGAAGCUUGCGUUAGUCUUUUGCAUCUGCCAUUGGAACGCGAUCUCUUGCAAUCUAUUAUGCAGGUCUGCGUGAGGUUCACUCGAGAUUUUGAAAUGGCGAAGGUGUUUGUAAAUGCCGGAGGUAUUAAAUGCCUUUUGAAUACCAGACACAUAGACGAUUUCAUUGGAUUCGCUGUUCUCGCCACUAUUUUAAUUCGACAUGCUUUGGAGGAACCAAAUACUCUAUCUUAUGCUAUGGAAAAGGUUAUUAGGGGAAGGACUUUAAGUACUAUUCCCCCUCCUUACAGAGAUCUGGUACAUUUGUUGAGGCAGUUAGGAGCUGCGAUAACCAGAGAUCCAGAUGUAUUUUUCCAAAUUGCAAAUAACAUACUAAGAGUCGAUAUUUCAUCUUAUAAACCUGGAGAGGCUCUUGACGCAGCGUUUCCCCUUCGGGUUGAGCCGACAAACCGUACUAAAGCUCCUCCUUUAGAAGAUAGCGUUUCAAUUCAAGUAGUCUACGAUUUACUAGAUGCUUUGUUAAGACCUCUGGCCGAGAAAAAAGAAGAGAACGCUUCUGAUUCAAAAAAACUGGAAGCUAGUGGGGAAGGAACCUCUAAAGAUGCUUCUUCUAAAGAUCAACGCAAAGAAAAUUCCGUGGUUAAGGAUACCUCAAAGCCGGGCCCGUCGAAAUCCGGUUCGAAAGAUGGAGCUUCUACGUCAAGUAGCGAUAAAAAGAAAGAUAAUAAUAAAGGUACGUCCACAGAUAAGAAGGAAGAAAAUGCAACUCAAAAAUUAAUGUUGCCUAAAUCAGUCAUCCUGAAAAUCCUAGCAGACGCAGUGGUUUCUUACGGACCUAUUGCAAAGCUGGUGACAGAAUAUACUUACAAAGCCAACUGUAGCCCGUUCAUAAAAGAAGACACGUCGGCUCUGGCAUUUAUUUUGGACAAGAUUCUUCCUGAGACUGAAGGAAUCUCCGAUUCAGAUUGUUCGGCAAUGUGCAGAAUGUUGAUUGCCGCUUUAUCUUCGGCAAAUCAUUCUCCGAAUGCUCAGCUUACUUUAGUCACUGAAGUAAAAACGGCACUGGCAAGGGCACUAGCUUUAUCAGAGUCUUCAGAAAAACACGGUCAGAUUCAACAUAUUUGUGGAAUUAUUUCGACCAUGAUCGAUAAUUGUCCAAGUGGGCGAGUAAUGAACGUGGUUCCAAAUCACAUUAUUAAGAUAAUGAUUCGUCGAGGGUUAUUUAAUGAUUUAGCCAAAAUUACGCACUACCUUGACUUAUCUUCGCCACAUACGUCCUUCACUGCCAAUGCAGCCUUAAAACCUUUAGAAUCUCUUUCAAGAACUAUCAAUCAACCAGGUCCAAACACAACUACAGCCAAAGGCCGCAAGCCAAGUACAACAGGCAAUGAAGAUUCAGCUGCUGGUUCCACAGCCGCUGCAGAACCCACCAGAUUAGAUGAAGAAGAUGCUGAAAACGUUGAAGACGCUCAGUCAGAAUCGGCAACCGAGCGAAAUGAAAAUGAAGGCGAAGGUGAUCGCUUGGAAGAAAUAAUGGAGCAUAUUUUAGAAGGUGGUACUGAAGGAACAAGAAACGCCUCUAUGGAGCUUGAAGAUGAUGGGCCUUUGAGUUAUGACCCAGAAAGAGAUGCAACGGAAGAAUUAAUGAGUACAGAUUCUGGCGAGUCCGAUUCCAACCCUUCAGAUCAAGCGGAAGAUGAAGGAAACAAUGACGAAGAUGGCGAUGAAGAUAAUAUUGAUGAUAAUGAAGAUAACGAGGAUAACAAUUAUGAAGAUGAGGAAAAUAAUGAAGGAGAACGCAGAGGACGCCGAUUGAGAGAUUCUGAAUUGCUUGAAGAGACUUCUGGGCUAUUCAGAGUAGCUACUAAUGAUAGAGAAGAAGACGUUUUAAUGAUUCACUAUGAAGGUGAUAAUGAUAUACCUCGAGUUAGAUGGACUGAAAACGGAUUAUCAAUUCCUAUGCUAGACGACAAUUCUGGAGAUCAGGUUAUCAUGCAUCCUCUUUUAUUAUCAAGACAUGGAAAUGACUCGACUCAGGCCACCGUUUCUAGAACUCAGCGUGCAAAUCGCGCUAGGCGGUAUCAAUAUUUAUUUAAUCCAAGAAACCCUAACCCUCCUGUGAUAUUACAAAGGUUGUUGGGCACUCAUGAUCCACACACCAUGGCGAAUAUGAUGACAGCUAACAAUAUAUUGACUGGUCCAGCUGAUAUAACCCGUGAACAAGCCAGGGUGGUGAUCAUGGAUAAUUUAGGACUUAUUCCUCCCAGUGAAGAACAGAUAGACUUUGUAGACCAGUCUGGCUAUUUGUUCGGACCCAGUUUAGCCGCAACUUUAAGCCACGUACCUCCUGUGGUCCAUUGGUGGAAUAUGGAAUCGAAAUUGCUAGAUUUGGAGUCGGUUUUUGAUUGUACCUCUUGGAUUUGUAACAGAUUGAUGCCCAAACUGUUGAAAUACAGAAACGAGGAAUUGAAAGCGAAGAGAACUAAGGAGGAAGAGGAGAAGGCUAGGAAGAGGAAAGCUAGAACGACUGCGGAGAAUGCCGAAGCUAAAACGGAGAAAUGGCAAGAUGCGAAGGACGAUGAAGAAGACGGUCAAGUCCUGCUUUUUAAUUAUGGAGAUGAGAGCGAAGCUGACCAAAAUAGUACAGAUCAAGCAGAAAAUCGUCAGACAGAAGGUCAAGAAAACAAUACUUCUACAGAGCCAGCUCCAGUGAAUGAUGCUCAAAAUUUGUUAAUGAGUUUUCGCAGCGAUUCUAGUUCUGGAGACAGUGCUUCUAUUAGAGAAAGGGAUAGUAACGAAGAUAGGACAGAGGAUUCAGUGGUGGCUGUAGCGGACGUAUUAGUAGAGCGAAACAAUCGCGAAGAUAUUGACGGCGUACCACUCGAGGCCUCAGAGAACGACUCCAACGAUGAAACCCGUGCAGAAAAUAACGUCCAAAACGAAAUAGUCUUGUCACCUUUACAAUUAAGUUUUCUACGCAAUGAGAACUCCAACUCGCAAAGCUUAUCUGAAGAAGCAACUCAUAAUGCUUCAGUUCAAACACUUACAGGAGAACCUAUAGAAAGAAGCGAGGGAAGCAAUAGUCGUCCGGAUUCUGAAGUCAGCGAAUCUUCUAAUCCAUUUGACACAUCGAGCUUAGCAUCGUCAACUAGGCUUCUGUUUUCUAGCGGAAGUCUAGCAGACAAUGAAGAAAACGAGAGCGAACUACGUGGCUUUAGUGACAGCGGAGGAGUGUCCUUGGAUGCAAUAUUCGAAGAAGCAAUGAAUCAGCAUAUUGAAGGCUUAUCUAACGAAACUGUACGCGUUCCUGCUGAAGGCGCUUCUAGCAGUAGUUCAUCUGAACAACCUAGCCAAGCAGAGGAAAGGGUCUCCAGCAUUAUAAGUGGAGAUCUUUCUCUUGGUGCCAUCUCAUUGUCAGACACUCCAAGAGAUUCUGAAGAGGCGAGAAACGAUGCACCCACCGGUGCCGGUCCAAGCAAUGCUCCAGACGAUGAGGAUAUUCCUGAAGGAGUUGAUCCGUCCUUCCUAGAAGCUUUACCUCCGGAGAUAAGGAGAGAAGUGUUAGAACAACACCGCAUUUUAUGCUUGCAACAGCGUUUGGCAGCUCGUGCGACUGAAGUAACGACUGCCAGCGAAAGCUCGAACGCCAACGAGGGUCCUCAGGAAGUGAGUCCCGAAUUUUUAGCAGCCUUACCUCCAGCUUUACAAGAAGAAGUCCUUACUCAACAAAGACUGGAGCAACAAAGACAAGCAGCUGCCAGAGCGCCUCCCAACGAACCUGUUGACGCACAAGCAUUUUUCCAAACUCUACAACCCUCUUUGAGAACUAUGAUAUUAUCAGACAUGGAGGAUUCCCAGAUGUCAGCUCUACCCCCUGAGCUAGCGGCAGAAGCUCAGAACCUCAGACGCGAUUGGUACGCUCGAAAUAGACAACUAGCACAAGAAAGAUUCGUGCAAAGCAACUUGCCAGCCAUAAUAAGACACACCAGAGGCCGUCAAGCUCAUAGACCUCUCACCUUUCAAAGAGGUGGAUGGAGUCCAUGGGGCAGAAGCUUUAUGUCCACCCAUGUGCGUAGCGUUAAUUCGCAGGUGAAUUCGAUGAGAAUUCGCGGACGUCAACUUCUGGACCACGACGGUAUCGCUUGUUUAUUGAUACUACUCUUCACCGACGAUCCGCAUUUAAACAAAUUACGACUGCAUAGAGUGAUUAGGAACUUAUGUUACCAUGCUGCUACUCGCGAAUGGAUUAUUAACGCCCUACUCGCCAUUAUUGAUAAGAGCGUCCACACAGAACCUGACGACAUAUAUGUAAAACCUACUAGAAAGACUCCACGAGCAGGACCUUUAACUAGCAAACUACAAACAGACGCAAGACACCUUAACACCAGCGGUCAUUGGUUGACUAUUCGCAUGGAAGCUGCUCUAGGCUGUGCAGCAAACGUAUUUUUAGUCAAUAAAGGUCCUGGCAAGAAAGCUGAGAGAUUAAGCGGGAAUAACGCUAUAGGCAUCCACCUACAAGCUGUUCCAGUUGUUUGUCGCAAUACUCUGGAUCUAUUCACUGCUCUGGCUAAAGCUUUCCCGUCCUGUCUUCUCCCUACCAAGCUUUUCCGUGAAGAAGUUCUUGAACGACCUGCUAUACCGCCAGUGAAGUUAAGUGCACCAGGCCAACCGGAUUUCUGGGACGUUUUGUUGAAACUAGAUUCAGCUGGAGCAAAGAAAGGAAAAAGUAUCGCCAAGUCUUCUUCGUCCGCCGCCGCUAACGACGCUGAGGCUUCCUCAUUUGAAGAUACUGUCUUUGGACGGUUGCUGAAUAUGCUAGAGUCUCCAGUAGUAUACCGCAACACACAGCUGACAGAUAAUCUCUUAAAGCUUCUGUCAGUUACUACUUCUGGCAUGUCCGAAUUAGCUAAGUCACAUAGAUUAAGAAAAGGAAGUGGGAAUAAUCAAAACAAUGACCUCACAAGCAAUCCUCCAAUAAAGGCCCUUUCUUUGGCUGUGAACGUGAUUAUUUAUAAGAACUGUUCAGAAGAAGGUUUAGAAUUCACGACGAACUUGUUACUUAAUCUAGCCAGUGCCUCUUCGGAAAUGAGUCUUCUUAUAUUGAAUUUAUUGUUAAACGGAGCCGUGGAAAUUGGCGUGGUUUUAGAUGAACAAAUACAGGAUAUGUUGAUGGAUGUACAAGAUUACAAUUACUUUAGGAAGAAGAAGCAAGACGAAAACGCACCUUCUACUUCGAAGGGUGUUAUUUAUAAUAGGUUUACCAAUGAACAAGUUGUUAUUACUGCGUCUUCGAAGAUAAAAACGGCUUGUGAACUUCAGCUUCCUUCCAUGGUACCAUUAACCUCCAAGUCCUCAGGGCAAAUAUUUUUCCUUAGAGUACUUAGAGUUAUUGUUCAGAUUAGAAACUCUAUAAAGAACAACAUGAAAAGAACUAAUGCCGACUAUGAACUACUAGCUUUAAGUGAACAGCUUAGUACUUUAGAGCAUCUUUGGGAAACCUUAAGUCGUUGUCUGACUGAAUUAGAGGAUGCUCCCGACCACCAUGCGGUCUUAGUUCUUCAGCCGACAGUAGAAGCAUUCUUCCUUGUCCACUCGCCUCAGCAGGGAGCCUUCAGUUAUAAAGGAUCUGAAGAAGAGGAAGAAGAACGACCGCAAGGAGCUAGUGAGAGCACCAGCACCAACAACAGACCACCUACCGAAAAUGCUGCUCCUGAAGAGCCACGUACCAGCUUCGAUUUUGAGCAUAGACAGGCUGAGCUCACUAGUCGUAGCGUUACAGCCGAACAACAGAAGUUUUUGAGUUUUGCCGAGACGCAUCGCACGGUACUUAACCAGAUUUUAAGACAGAGUACCGCACAUCUAGCUGAUGGACCGUUUGCUGUUUUGGUCGAUCACACCAGAAUUCUCGAUUUUGAUAUUAAAAGACGGUAUUUCCGAACUGAGCUCGAACGUAUGGAUCAUGGUAUUCGCAGGGAAGAGACUGCUGUACAUGUUAGAAGAAGUAACGUGUUUGAGGAUUCCUUUAGAGAAUUGUUCAGACGCGCCCCAGAGGAAUGGAAAAAUCGAUUCUACAUCGUUUUUGAAGAUGAGGAAGGUCAAGAUGCAGGAGGUCUUUUGAGGGAGUGGUACGUGAUCAUCUCUCGUGAUAUUUUUAACCCUAUGUACGCAUUGUUCACUGUUUCUCCUGGUGACAGAGUUACUUACAUGAUAAAUUCCGCUAGCCAUUAUAAUUCAAACCAUCUCUGCUAUUACAAAUUUGUAGGAAGAGUUAUAGCUAAGGCGAUCUACGAUAAUAAACUACUAGAAUGCUAUUUCACUAGGUCUUUCUAUAAACACAUCUUGGGCAUCCCUGUCAAGUAUACAGACAUGGAAAGCGAAGAUUACAGUUUUUAUCGCGGUUUAGUCUAUCUGAUGGAAAACAACAUCAACAAUCUAGGUUUGGAUUUAACCUUCAGCACGGAAAUAAGCGAGUUUGGCGUUACAGAAACUAGGGACUUGAUUCCUAAUGGCCGACAUAUCCCAGUAACAGAAGAAAAUAAGAUGGAAUAUGUCAGACUUGUCUGUCAGAUGAAGAUGACUGGUGCUAUUAAACAACAGUUAACGGCAUUCUUAGAAGGCUUUUAUGAUAUUAUUCCUAUGCGUUUAAUAUCAAUUUUCAAUGAGCAAGAACUGGAACUACUCAUAUCUGGAUUACCCAAUAUUGACAUAGAUGAUCUUAAGUCUAAUACCGAAUAUCAUAAAUACCAAUCCAACUCUCUACAGAUUCAAUGGUUCUGGCGUGCUUUGAGGUCAUUUGAUCAAGCUGACCGUGCCAAAUUCUUACAGUUUGUCACUGGAACUUCCAAAGUGCCUCUUCAAGGAUUUGGUGCUCUUGAGGGGAUGAACGGCGUUCAAAAGUUUCAAAUUCAUAGAGAUGACCGUUCUACCGAUCGUUUACCUUCCGCACAUACUUGCUUUAAUCAAUUGGAUCUUCCAGUAUACGAGACGUACGAUAAACUGAAGGCAUACUUGCUGAAGGCUAUUCAUGAAUGUUCUGAAGGUUUUGGCUUUGCUUAAAUAAUACUUUAAAUGUUAAGACUGAUGUGUUUGUUUAUACCUAUUUCUAUAGUAUAGUCUUGAGUGUAUAUAAAAAUAUCUCUUCAAGAUACCCCGAGCCUUCAGCAGUCUUGCAGAGAUAAAUUAUGUUAAUAAUUAUAUGUUAGUUUGUACAGAAACAUUACAAACUGUAUAUUCGCUAAUAGA